UAGAGUAUGUGCUGGCACUCACUGCUUAUGUGGUUUAGGAUAAUAACUGAAUUCAUUAUUAAGAUCAAGUUAAUUAUUCCUGAUAAAGAUUCUUGAAUUACUGGCACAUCUAAAUAUUUUCAAACAAUUUUUUAGUUGAGCUCUGGUCCAGAAACUAUUUUUGAAUCAUCAGAAAAAAUCAAGGAAAUACACCCACAACACAGGGAGAGGAAUAGUUUGAAGACAUUAGUUGCAGACUGCACGGCAAGCAAAGGAAAAGAUCGUUACUGCACCCUGGACUACCACACAGAAGCAGUGGAGGACUUAGGUCUGGGGAAGCAGCAGGUGAUGGAGAAGUACUUCACUCCCGUGCAGCUUAAGCAGGGGACCAGGGGCCACAGGCACAGCAAGCCCCACCUCCAUGACCAUCAAGAGAGGGGCCCCGAGCAUGGCAAGAUGGCUGACCAAAAAACGUAUCAACACAAACACCAUCCCCGCCACCACCACAACCAUGAUCAUCAUCACCAUCCUCAUCCCCACCACCACCAGAAAAAGCCAGAUUGGUCAGAGGAUCAGAAUGAUCAUGGUAGCAACCAUUCAACAUCAGAGGGCAGCAUUGUCCACCACCAUCACCAUGGCCACAACAAUCACCCUCACCACCAAAAUGAGAAAUCUCAUCCCUCUUCCCCUGACCAUCCUCAUCAUCACCAUCCGCAUCACCAUGCUACAGAUGUGACCUCCCACCCUCAGGUUGCAGCAACCUCAUCCUGCUCCUCCUCUAGUUCCUCAUCAUCAUCUUCCUCCUCUUCCUCCUCUUCCUCAUCAUCAUCCUCUUCCUCCUCAUCAUCCUCUGGCUCUUCCUCCACCUGGUCCUCUCAGACCAGUAUUAAUGAGUCCGUGAAGGAUAACAAACAUCCACUGCAGAAGCCCAAGUACUCACAGUCCUGCACCGACAUCUACAGGGGGAAGAAGGCCAAUGACGAGGAAGAAGAUGAGGAAGAUGACACCUCUCCUUUGAUAGAUGAUGAAGGCCAUCUCCCAAACCAGGAAAAAAAGAAAAAGAAAGCAGUGUCCUCUCAUCAGACCCCUGCCAAUGUCAUCCGGAAGAAGCAGGAGAGUGCUGAAGGGGCAGGAAUGGCUGGAAAAUUCCGCAAGGCAAAGUCAAUGGAGGCACUGUCCCAUUGUAAGGACAGGGAUGGAGAUACAGAUAACAUUGUAGACAAGGAGUUGGAGAAAAGGAAGCAGAUAGCCAAGAAGAACUUAGUGAAGGAAAAAUUGAAGUUCUCUGCCUUUUUGAACGAGAUCACUAGGCAGGUGUUUAGUCCGUACAGACUCACCUCUCUUGGAGUCACAGCUGCUAACAGGCCCAGCAGCCCUGGACAAGCCUCCCUGAGGUCCCCCAAGGUGGAGCACAGAGGGGAGGAGAUGCAAAGACAAAAUAGUAGUCAGCCUGGCAGUGCAAGCUCUAUGACCUUCAGUGUCCGUUCCAAUAUCAGCAGGCAGUCCCGCUCCAGCAAGCACUCUCAUUCCAGCAAGCACUCUCGCUCCCAUCUCGGCAAACACCAGGACCACCAACACCAUCGCCACCAUCAGCCUGCAAGAGACAUGCACCACAGUCCCAGCAGCCACACGGAUGACAGCACUAGCCCAGAUAAUAGCCCCUCCUCAUCAAGACAUCACUCCCGUUAUUCAACACCACAGCACCAUCAUCACCAGCAUCGCUCCCAUUCUCCAUUUCACCACCAUCACCAUCACGGAGGUCUUCACAGUCCAUCUCAUCCCCAUGGAGACCACCACAGCCCAAAGCAUCACCAUGUAGACCAUCACAGCCCAACUCACCCCCAUCACCAUGGAGACCACCACAGCCCACCUCAUCAGCAUGGAGCUCAACAUGACCCAACUAAUCACCAUCACCAUGGAGACCAUCACAGCCCAAGCCAUCCCCAUCACCAUGGAGACCACCACAGCCCAACUCAUCCCCAUCCCCAUGGAGACCACCACAUCCCAACUCAUCCCCAUGGAGACCACCACAGCCCAAGAAACCCCCAUCGCCAUGGAGACCUCCACAGCCCAAGCCAUCCCCAUCGCCAUGGAGACCACCACAGCCCAACUCAUCCCCAUCCCCAUGGAGACCACCACAGUCCAACCCAUCACCAUGGAAACCACCAAAGUCAAACUCAUCCCCAUAGAGACCACCACAGCCAAAUUCAUCCCCAUGGAGACAACCACAGCCCAAGCCACCUCCAUCACCAUGGAGACCUCCACAGCCCAACUCAUCCCCAUCACCAUGGAGACCACCACAGCCCAACCCAUUCCCAUCACCAUGGAGACCACAACAACCCAAGCUACCCCCAUCACCAUGGAGACCAUCACAGCCCAACACAUCCCCAUCAACAGGGAGGUCACCUCAGCCUGAGUCAUUCCGAUCACCAUGGAGAUCACCACAGCCCAACUCAUCCUCAUCACCAUGGAGACCACCACAGCCCAACCCAUCACCAUGGAGACCACCACAGCCCAACUCAUCCCCAUCACCAUGGACACCACCACCAUCCUCUCUACCCAGAUUCUCACCAUCGCCAUGGCUCCCAUCCAGAAUUGCACCACCACCAUCAUCCGUCUCACCCUGAAUCCCACGAUCACCACGGCUCCCAUCCAGAAUCUCUCCAUCACCAUGGCUCCCAUCCAGAAUCUUGUAACCACCAUGGCUCCCAUCCAGAAUCUCUCCAUCACCACAGCUCCCAUCCAGAAUCUCACGAUCACCAUGGCUCCCAUCCAGAAUCUCUCCAUGACCACAGCUCCCAUCCAGAAUCUCACGAUCACCAUGGCUCCCAUCCAGAAUCUCUCCAUGACCACAGCUCCCAUCCAGAAUCUCACGAUCACCAUGGCUCUCAUUCACAAUCUCUCCAUCACCAUAGUUCCUAUCCAGAAUCUCUCCAUCACCAUGGCUCCCAUCCAGAUUCUCUCCAUCUCCACAGCUCCCAUCCAGAAUCUCUCCAUCACCAUGGCUCCCAUCCAGAAUCUCUCCAUCACCACCAUAGUUCCCACCAAGAUUCUCACCAUCACCACCACCCCUCUCAUUCAGAAUCUCAUUCUGAACCCCAUCCCAGCCCUAGCAACCUAGAAUCUCAUCAUCACCACCAUCCUUCCCACCAUGAAGCCCAUCACCACCAACCUUCCCAUUCUGAAUCUCACCACCAUCCCUCACGUGCAGACACACACCACCAUCAUCAUCAUGACGAUCACCACAGCCCAUCAAGCCAUUCUAAGGAGAACUCUCCUGUCAGUGUAUCAACUGCAGAGCCGGAGUCAUUGUUCCAUUCCAGCAAGUCUUCCAGGAAUACCACCAGCCCCACGAAUCAGGACGAGCAGCAGACAGGCUACAGCGGCUCAGCUGCCUCUCUACAUAAAGAAGGAUCUGAGGUUGAUCGAAUAAUGAUGCUUCAGGGGCAAAAUAAGGAUCUGCACCACAGUUUGCUCCAGACUGCCGUGCGAAUGGAGUGCAUGGGGACGGAGUUUAAGAGCAGUCACCAGCUCCUUGAGUCAGAACUACAGAACACACGUGUGGAGCUGAGCAGCCUCCUGGACAAAUUCAAAAGACUUAGGGAUAACUACUCCUACACUCAACAGACCAAUAAUCUCUUGGAGCGGAAGCUUCAUUCAGUGGCUCAGAGUAUGGACGGGGAGCGUGAGCAUCUGAACCAGCGCAUCACAGCCCUGACAGAUCAGCUGUCCUCAGCCAAGUCCACCAUCCACAGCAUGGAGACUAUUAAUGUAACAUCCUUGCUGCAGGAAGCCCUCGACAAACAUUUCCACCCAGAUGAUUCUGUCAAUCAAUUCCUUCUCCCUGUUGCCCCCCCUCCAGUCCAAUUCAUGGAUAGUCAUCAUUAUGGAAAGGUCACCACCAAAGGGGAGGACCUAUCACUGGGAACAUUGCCAGAAGAGGAGGAAUCUGAUUGGUCGGAAAUGGGGGAUGAGGCACCAAAAUGCAUUCUGAGGUCAGUGGGAGGUCAUCAUGGUGGCACAGCGUUUCAACCGUGGAGACAGGAGCGUAUUUGCUGGGAAGGACAGGGAGAGGGAGACACAGAGAGUGAGUCAGGGGGUGAGGAGAUUGUCAGACGACACCCUCCCCGCUCCCUGCAAAUCCCCAAUCUCCAUGUCACCAUUCACUCUGAGACCUUACCAGCCCCCAUGGAUGAUGUCACCCUCACCACCAGCUUCAAGAACUCAGCUGAUGGCCCAGAGGAGGACGGGUACAGGGUCACUGCGAGCCGCAAACUGGGCUCUCCCAUCCGCAUUCUGUCAGCCAGUCUGGAUGAGAUCCCCUCCUCCAGGGGGCAGAAGCACAGACAGGAGGAGCAGCAUGGCCAGCUGAAGGGCACAGAGGCCAUGAUGGACCUCCACCAACCAGAGGACGGUACCAUGGACGACUCAGAAGAUGAGAUCAUCCGUAACUGGAGGACAAGGAGCGAGGACAUGGGUGAUGAUGGAGGUGUGGAUGUCAGAGAGGUAGAUCUUGGCAGCAGCUUGGACAAUCUGCAGUCGGCCCAAAAUAUGCUCAAUCACUUCAUUUGCCAGCUGCAGCCUAGUGUGGAGGAGGGGCGGGGCUGGACCGGAGGGGUGCCGGACGAAGUGCUGAAUGGGGAGAGAACACAGCUGUGACACCUGAUCUCUUCACAGAGAACACAGCUGUGACACAUGAUCUCUUCACAGAGAACACAGCUGUGACACCUGAUCUCUUCACAGAGAACACAGCUGUGACACCUGAUCUCUUCACAGAGAACACAGCUGUGGCACCUGAUCUCUUCACAGAGAACACAGCUGUGACACCUGAUCUCUUCACAGAGAACACAGCUGUGACACAUGAUCUCUUCACAGAGAACACAGCUGUGACACAUGAUCUCUUCACAGAGAACACAGCUGUGACACCUGAUCUCUUCACAGAGAACACAGCUGUGGCACCUGAUCUCUUCACAGAGAACACAGCUGUGACACCUGAUCUCUUCACAGAGAACACAGCUGUGACACCUGAUCUCUUCACAGAGAACACAGCUGUGACACCUGAUCUCUUCACAGAGAACACAGCUGUGACACCGAAUCUCUUCACAGAGAACACAGCUGUGACACCGGAUCUCUUCACAGAGAACACAGCUGUGACACCUGAUCUCUUCACAGAGAACACAGCUGUGACACCUGAUCUCUUCACAGAGAGACAGACGUGGACAGGUGUUGACUGGGUUGGUGGUUACGGAAGUAAGCGUGAUUUUGAUAACAUUUGAUAUUCAUAAUUCACCUAUGAGUAUGUUGUAUUUUGAACAUAAAGCAACAGAAUUGACCACUUGAAUAAUAAUACUUUUAAUUAUAAUUAUUUUUUAUUCUUAUCUGAUUUGAAAGUUUUCAGGCCAAAAUAACAGGGGCCCAAAUAGUAUUCAUCAUCAAAAACAAGUAAGAUAAAGAAACUGUUUCAAACAUAGUUUUUUCCUCCUUUUGAAGCUAUUAAGUAAUUAAUGCCUGCAAAGAGCUGUAAAGGCAAGCGGUCCAAGUUGGAGAUCCUCAGCUCCACAUUUGGAUAUUUGUGAUAUUUUUCUCGAUUCAUAAUCAAAGACAUGUCCUGAGGUCUUUUUUUGCAGUAUGCAGGGAUUUGGCUUUGAUGUCCUCCAGAGGUAACAUCAAACAAAAGGCAUGUCGCUUUGAUUUUUACUGUUCCCUCACUCUCGGAAACCCUGUCCUAGGCUUCACUCCUGUCUCAUCAUAGCAGAGCACAGCCAAAUCUCACCCUUGUCUCUGGCUUAUAGAAAGAAAAUCAUUUCAGAACCUCUUGUGCAUAAUUCAGUAUAAUGGUUUGUAUUUUUCCCUCAGUGCAUGUUAGAUAAGAAGAGGAGAGUUUCAUAGAAUUUAGGUCCUUAGGUAAGAUGUAAGACAUGUUGAUAGACUUUGUGUAUCCUCAUAAGUUAAUUCACCUGCAGACAUAGACAUAAUACAAGGUCUAAUCUGUACAGUUUAUAGUCAAAUAUGUACUAACAUACAGUAUAAAUAGUAUCCGUUGGACCUUCACUGUGGAUGGGAAACAAGUUAUUUUAAGUCAGGUUUUAAUUUAUGGAGAUACAAUUAAAACAGAAACAUUGGAUACAUGUUUAUGAAUUUUGCAGAUGGAUCUGUGUGGUCUGGUGUGUAUGGUUCCAACUGCUAGAUGGUUUCCUCCAUCCAUGGGGAAAACAAAAAAAACAUUUAUUCUUCUUGCAUGCAAACUAUGUUUUAUCUUGAAAAUAUUGAUGUUUAUGUACAUGCAAACUACAGUAUGUUUUAUAUUUUAAUAUUGAUGUUUGUGUACAUGCUGUAGUCUCCAUGUUGAUAAUUUAGCAAAAACCAUGACAUAAUGUCAAUCUGAAUCACCAUUUCUUAUUGUGGUCACCAGAGGCAUGCAACAGUCAGUUGAGAGAUGUAUGAUAUAAGGAAUGUUAUGCCACAAUACAUUUCUGUUUUGUCCUGUAGGGGAUGUUCCUCUGGUAACCAUAGUAAAAACACAGUGUACAAAACAUUAGGAACGCCUUACUAAUAUUGAGUUGCACCUCCUUUGGCCCUCAGAACAGCCUCAGU